AUGCGCCAAGGAGUACCAUACAGUCAUGUGUUUGUGUAUGCGUAUUGCCUGCAACAAGAAAAAAAAAUCAAGGAAAAGACUUUACUGUUUCACUGGCAAACACAACAUUCUUCACAUUUCGUGCGGCAUCCGCCCUGUUCUUCCAAUCAUCGUUUCGUGCAUUCCGUGGGACGCACAGCCGCGGAGCCGGCACCGAAUUUGGGCAGUAAAAAGCAAACAAUAAAAGAAAACACUUCACUCAUGACGGUAUGUAGCAGACACCCAUUAAGUAAAGAAGACAGUAAGAAUGCACAGUGGUCCGUCGGCAAUACGUCCGGCACAGCUCUCCGCCCUCCAUCACCGUACGGUGGUAGCAGCACACACCAUCCACAGAAAAGCAAAAAAAGAAAAACACGGCGGCAGGGUGUGGCUGUGUGUGUGGCGCUGCGGGUGUCUGCCCGCCCUGGCCGCAAAGAAAACAAAACAAGAGGGAAAGAAAUGUGUGCUCCGCCCCACAGGCCCUCGUCGCACGCCCACACGUCACGGCUCCCUCAGCGCGCCGUUCGUCGCGGCCCCUCCUCAUGCGUGCAGCAGGCGAGGCGCACAGGGCCGUCGUCAUGA